AUGAGUUUUGAACAUUUAUCAAAUUUUGUCGAUCGAGUGAAUAAAACCUAUGACCGUAAACAAUUUACUCUGAUGCGAGAGAGGAUCAAAUACAAGGACGAUGAUGAUGAGGAUUUUGAUCAAUCUCCCUCACAAAAAACAUUCAUGUUUAUGGAAGAACGUAAAGAAAAGGGUUUAAUUUUGUCUCAUAAUCGGAGAGUGAUUAAUCAUAUAUUAUUAUAUUUGAUGGAUUUUUCAAUUUAUGAUGAUAAUGAAGUGGAAGUAAAAAAGAAAAAGAAGAAGAAAAAGGCUUCCGAAAAGAAAAUAUCUGAAGAAUUACUUUCAUUAAUUCUGGUGAACAAGCAAUGGUAUGAAUUAGUAUCUGCUCAUCAUCAAUUAUAUGAAUUGAUGAAGGAAGGUGUUGAAAAUUCCUUCUAUGAACAAGCCAAAUUCAUAAAUGAAAUGAAGCAAUUAACAUCACUUGAUAUUGGUGGAAAUCAAAUUGGUGCUGAAGGAGCCAAAUUUAUAAAUGAAAUGAAACAAUUAACAGCACUUAAUAUUUAUCUGAAUGGAAUUGGUGAUGAAGGAGUCAAAUUCAUAAUUGAAAUGAAACAAUUAAAAUCACUUAACAUUAUUGGAAAUCAAAUUGGUGCUGAAGGAGUCAAAUUUAUAAGUGAAAUGAAACAAUUAACAUCACUUGUUAUUAAUAACCAACAGAUGAAAUCUAUUAAUUAA